AGAAGCCUCAGGCACCUGAGCUGGAGGCUUAGGAGGUAGAAGCUGCCAAGCUCUGGUUCUCCCUUCUCAGGCUCCUGUGUUAGCUGCAGCCAUGUACAUGUACACCAACUCUGGGUGCCAGGACCUGCAAGAGAGGAGGACAAUGAUGAUGGUGAUGAUUAUGAAAACAUGGCACCACCCUAUAAGGACCUUCCUCCCAAGCCAGAUUCAAUGGCUCCACCUAGGCCUCCGAGGGCAGGAAAGAAAACAGAGAACCCCCCACUUCCCUACAAGUCCCCAAAGAUCAAAGGCCUGGACAUCACCCCUGUCACUCGCACAUCUCCUCAACUGGAUGUCAAUCUGGCACAUCCUCCGUUCCAGCCAUCCCUAGCUACGUCCCAGCUCAGUCAGAAGUCCAGGUGUCCUGGGUGCUACCAGGAGGAGAGACUGGUGGUGUACCUGUGUCUGCUGGUGGUGGUGUCGCUGCUCCUGGGUUGCACUGGUCUGGCUGUGACCCUGAUUAAGUACCAGGAGGUGGUGGAAGAGCUGAGGAUAUUGACCUUUCAGCAGAUGGCGUGGCAAGAGAAUGUGACUGGCAUGGCAGGACUAGCUGGCCUGAAGAAGGACAUUGACCAUGUAAGAACUAACACCAACAAGUCCCUAGGAGAACUUCGGGGCUUAUUAGAGUGUACCAGGGUCACCUGCCCGGAGGGUUGGCUUCCCUUUGAGGGCAAGUGUUACUACUUCUCCCCAAGCACCAAGUCCUGGGAUGAAGCCCGGAAGUUCUGCCAGGAGAAUUACUCUCACUUGGUCAUCAUCAGUAGCUUUGCUGAACAGAAUUUUGUGGCCAAGGCUCAUGGCUCUCCACGGGUGUACUGGCUGGGGCUGAAUGACAGGGACCAUGAAGGGAACUGGAAGUGGCUGGAUGGGUCACCUGUCACUCUGAGCUUUUGGGACCCAGAGGAACCCAACAACCUCCAUGAUGAGGACUGUGCCAGCAUGAACAAAGGGGGCACCUGGAAUGAUCUGUCUUGUGACAAGACCACAUAUUGGAUUUGUGAGCGGAAAUGUUCCUGUUGAACCCCACAGCUGGGGGUGGGUGUGGGUCUGUACCGAGUGCCCCUUGGCUCUUGGGUAAUGAGUACCUCCUGCCUUUCCACGGAAGAUUCUACCUCUCCAUGGACCGACAUGGUUAUACCUAAGAUGCAACCAGGAGCUUGGAUUUUGCAAGUCCCCCAGGGUGCAAGUGAGAGCAUUUCUACGAGGACUUGAAGGCUUGUUCAAUCAGAUGAUGUCUUAGUCUGUUCAGGCUGCUAUACCAGAAUACUGUAAGCUGGAUGGCUUAUAAACAACAGAUUUAUUUAUUGAGGUUAUAGAAGCUGGGAAGUCCAAGAUCAAGGCACAGUGUUUAGUGAGGGCCCACUUUUCUGACUCAUAGAUGGCCAUCUUCAUGUGGUGUUCUCUCAUCCUGGAAAGGGUGAGAGCUCUCUGGGGUCCUUGUUAUAAGGGCACAAGAAUUCUAUCCUCAUGACCUAAUCACCCCCCCCCCCCCCAAAGGCAAUACCUCCUUAUACCAUCACAUUGAGGCUUAGGAUUUAACAAAUGAAUUGAGUGAGGGCACACAAUGCAGUCUGUAGCAGGUAGUGAGCUGGAGGGGUACUGGGUCUUAGAGGUUGUCUCCUAGUUCUGGGGUCUGAGGAAGCUCACCAAGUCCCUGAAUGUGGCUCUUAGGAAGCAGUGCUGGCCCUGAGGGCUCUGGGUCUGACAAUGACUGAGCUGGAGCUGAAAAUACCCUGGUUCCACUGGACCAUGGUGUGCUGGGACAGGGCUCCCUUAAUGCCUGCCUGAUGUGGAGCAGCUUCUGGGAAGCAGGUGGGGAAAAAUUAUUCUUGACAGGCAAUUUUCUCAAUGUCCCAGGUGAGGUUUGCCCAACUAAGGUGACAGAAUCAGGCCUCUUCCAAGACUUGUGAAACUUCUAGAAAGCAGACCAGCUGAAAAGCAAGACUUAAUGUGUGGUCAGAUUCUCAGGACAGCAGUGGAGCUAUCUACCUGCAUGUGCCUUUAGGCUGUUUGUGGUUUGUAAAGAUCUUUGAUGAAGUAAUUCAUUUUACUUCUGAGUGGACCUUCUUGGGCUAUUAGCUCGUGCAAUGUUAGUACUCAAAAUGUCAGUUCACUGUGUGAACUAUGUUCACUGCGUGAACUUGCCCACUGUGUUAGUUUGCUGGGGAUGCCAUAAUAAAGCACCAUAGACUGGCUUAAGUGAGAGAAAUUUGUUAUCUCAUGGUUCUGGAGGCUGACGUCAGAGAUCAAAGUGUCAAAGUAGUUGGUUUCUGGUGAGGGGUCUCUCCUUGACUUCUAGAUGACCCUCUUCUCCCUGUGUCUUCACAUGGACUUCCCCUUGUGUGUAUCUGUGUCCUAUUCUCUUCUUUUUAUUUUAUUUUAUAAAAAGAUUUUAUUUAUUUAUUCAUGAGAGAUAACAGAGAGAAGCAGAGACUAAGGUAGUCUCUAAGAGGGCUAAGGGCUAAGGUAGAGGGCUAAGCAGGCUCCCCAUGGGGAGCCAGAUGUGGGACUUGAUCUCAGGACCCCGGAUCACACCCUGAGCUGAAGGCAGACGCUCAACCACUGAGCCACCCAGGUAUCCCCUGAUCUCUUCUUUUUAUGAAGACGCAGGUCGUAUUGCAUUAGGGCCCAUUGUAAUGACUUCAUUUUUAUUCAUUACCUCUUUAAAGACUCUACCUCAAAAUACAUUACAUUGUGAUGUACUGGGGGUUAGGACUUCAACAUGUGAAUUUUAGGGGAGACGUCAUUUCAGCCUCUAAUACCCACUAAUUGGUGCUCCUCCAGUGAUUAUGACAAUGAAAACCCCCCCUAUGGGGCUGGUUCUACUUUGCAGUUGAACACAAUGUAACACAACAAUCCCUUUGGAAAAUCUCUGAAUUGUAUUCAAAGGUAGGUAGACAUUUUCCAACCUGAUCAAUUUAUUGACCAACAGCUACCCUUGAUGAGUAGCAGAAUCCUUGCAUUGAGUGAGAGCAGGUGAUUACGGCAAGGAGGCUCUGAGCAGAAGGGCAGUGGGGGAGGUUAGCUUUCACUUCACUUCUUGUUUCCGUGUCUGUUUGCCUCCUUCCACCUCCACACCUGCCCCAACUCACCAAUACUGAAAACAGUCCCCCAUGUACCCCAUAGAUUGCAGAGUGGGUGGGCAUCCUGUUCUAAGCCCUCUACCUAGGGUGCUGUUGGUCCAAGUGAUUGUUUAUUUGGGUCAGGGGAAGUUCCUUCAUCUCAGAAGAGGAAACUUCAGCUUCCCCCAGUGUAUUGAAAAAUGAGGAAAUAGGGCUGUGUUCACAUCUUUGAGUCAUGCUGGGGGUGUUCCACAGGGCACCUGGCUCAAACCUAUCACCUAUCUCCCUUCCACAUCUCUCAUGAUUGUAUAAUUUUAGGUAGAGAGAUAAGUAUGAAGGUCCCCUUUACCACCUUGGGUUUAGGGGAGCAAAGGUUGGAUAUUCUUGGUGGAUAAAGAUAACAAAACCCACAGUUUAUCAAGCAUAUAUUGUGUGCUAGAUAAACAGUAGCUCCCAUUGAAUCUUCUCAAUGACACUGUGAGGUCAUUACAACCCUAUUUUAUAGCUAGGGAGACUGAGGCUUGCCCAUUGUCAUUUUUUAAAAAUAAUAUAUUUAUUUUUUAUUGGUGUUCAAAUUGCCAACAUACAGAAUAACACCCAGUGCUCAUCCCGCCAAGUG